CUCUUUUAAUUCCAAUCAUAUGUUUGAUGUAAAAGAAAUGUAAACAAUAAUAUUAAUUGUGAUUCCAUUAUUGUUUCUAAUUAAUUUUAAUUGUUGUUCUUAUUUUUUAAUUAUGGUCUUCAAGAUUCCAUUUAAACUUGUUACUCUUAUUUGUAUAUUCUCUCUGUCGAUAUUGUGGUUGUAUUUCCUUUCCAUUAAUGUACCUGCUCUUAAUCAAAGGGAAACAGAUCAACAUGAGAUGCAAUCGAAUCAUCUAAAAUUUCCCAGCAAUUUAGAGGAAUUACAAAAGGUCUCCCAAAUACUAGAAGAGUAUUUCCAGGAUAAUAAAUCCUAUGUAUUACUAUUAUUUUCAUCUGCAUACCUUUUCAAGCAAACCUUUGCUAUUCCGGGUUCAGUUUUUAUGAAUCUAUUAUCUGGAGCACUAUUUGGAUUACAAGCAGGAUUCACAGUCGCUUGCCUCCUAACAGCAAUCGGUGCAACUUUUUGUUACCUGUUAUCAAACUUUUGUGGUAAAUCUUGGAUAUCAAGGCGAUUUGCUGGACAAUUAACUGUACUUAGACGAAAAGUGGACGAAAAUCGGUCCACAUUAAUUUAUUAUCUACUAUUUUUACGAUUAUUCCCAAUGACACCAAACUGGUUCCUCAAUAUUGCAUCACCAAUAAUCGGAAUACCUUUGCAUCUUUUUUUCAUCUCCGUUUUCAUUGGUUUAAUGCCUUACAAUUUCAUAUGUGUUCAAACUGGAUGUUUACUGUCAACACUAAAAUCAAUGGAUGAUGUUUUUACUCCGAGCACAAUAUUAACCUUAAUGGGAAUUGCAUUUGUUGCCUUAAUUCCUGGUUUAAUUAGUCGUCGGUUAAUCAAAUCAGAGAGCAAUUUAAAACAACCUGAUAAAGUUCAGAAAAGUACAUCAACCAACCCAUUGAUUACCAGUUAAAUAUAACAAUUAAAGUGGAAAACAGCAACAAUCAAAUCAAAUAUUAACCAAGAUAAUUGGAGCAAUAUAAUAAUUGAAAACAAUGACAACAAAUUUUAAGUGAUGAUAAUACUUAAAUAUUCAAUACCAAAGAUUUAAUAAUCAUAUCAAGGUAACAUUUAUCACUGAAUUUAAUAAUAUGUAAUGAAUAUUUUAUUCAUUUAUCACCUAAAUCAUCAUGAUAUUCAUGUAAUAUUUUAUAUAAAUACAAGUUAUUGGAAACAGUUCAACUUGUUAA